CGGACAUCGCAGGGGAGCGGACACUUGCGGAGUCGUGGGUGCCCGAGAGAAAACUGUACGACGACGUAGCAGGUUAAUCUGGUCGGCGCCCGUCUUACCUAGCCAACGGAACACAGCCGAGGGGGAAAGUAUGUUCGCUGUUGGAGCCAACGACCAUGGGCAGGCGUGGGGGGGUGUCCCGGGCUCGGGCAGGACGCUUGCGCGGCUUCCCUCCUCAUCGACCCAGCGGCGUAUGGCGAACCAAGGCCUACAAGACCUGUACGAUUGGCUGGGGGGUGACAACUGGAAGUGCCGCGACGGCUGGCUGGACCCUGGAAGCGACGUGAGGGAGUGGCACGGGCUCACCAUUACCACCUCUGGCGACUUGGUGUCGAUCAACCUCAUCAGCAAUGAUCUCGAGGGAGAGAUGCCCGAGAGCCUGUGCAACCUGUACUCACUUCAGCACCUCAACCUGUCCUACAACUUCGGUCUGCGAGGUUGGAUCCCCGAGGGGCUCGGCGACCUCAUCAAACUCAAGACCCUGCAUUUGUACAGUGCUCUUUUGACAGGCGCUAUCCCCGAGUCGCUUGGCCAGUUGCAUAGCCUGGAAGAGCUCUUCCUGCACGGCAACCGCCUCACGGGCGAGAUCCCGCCAUCCCUCGGCAACCUCAAGAGCCUGCGGAAGCUGUUCCUGAACUCGAACGAUCUCGUCGGCACCGUGCCGCCGGAGCUGGGCAGGCUCUCUUCUCUCGACACGCUCAACCUGAGCUGGAAUAACCUGCACGGGGAGGUGCCCGCUAGCGUCAAGAACCUGCAAAACCUGCAGCUGCUGUCCAUCGAGGGAAACGAGCAGCUUGUGUUGUCGCGGAAUUCGCACUACGGCGGACAGGCAACGUUCGAGACGAGCGGGUCGUCGAACCAAGCCUGGGAAGCCGCCGAGGAGGCGAUAGAGUUGCACACCGCCGCGCACUUGGGGGCCGCCGGCGAGGUACGGCUUCAGCAAUAG